CACCGGAGCCGGUCUGCAGCUCAACAGUGCCUGUAGCAGCAGCAGCAGCAGCAGCAGGUCUACCGAGAGGAGAGCGGGGCUGAGUCGCGCAGGACUUAACCACUGACAUACCGCCCUGAACACACCGCAGACAUGGCUUCUAACUUCAACGACAUAGUGAAGCAGGGCUACGUGAGGAUCCGGAGUAAGAAACUGGGGAUCUUCAGACGAUGUUGGCUUGUAUUUAAAAAAGCAUCCAGUAAAGGACCGAGACGAUUAGAGAAGUAUCCUGACGAAAAGGCUGCCUACUUUAGAAGUUUUCAUAAGAUAACCGAGCUGCACAACAUCAAGAACAUUACCAGAAUGCCCCGGGAGACCAAGAAACAUGCAGUGGCAAUUAUCUUCUGUGAUGAAACGUCAAAGACAUUUGCCUGUGAGUCAGAGCUCGAGGCGGAGGAGUGGUGUAAGUUGCUGUGUUUGGAGUGUUUGGGCAGCAGGCUUAAUGACAUCAGCCUGGGUGAGCCGGACCUGUUAGCAGCGGGAGUUCAGAGGGAACAGAACGAGAGAUUCAACGUAUAUUUGAUGCCCACUCCAAACUUGGACAUCUACGGAGAGUGCACCAUGCAGAUUACACAUGAGAACAUCUAUCUGUGGGAUAUUCUCAACGCCAGAGUCAAACUGGUCAUGUGGCCGCUCAGCUCUCUUCGACGGUAUGGCCGAGAUUCCACCUGGUUUACCUUCGAGUCGGGCAGGAUGUGUGAUACAGGAGAAGGACUGUUCACGUUCCAGACGCGAGAGGGAGAGGUGAUUUAUCAGAGAGUUCACGCUGCCACGCUGAGCAUCGCCGAACAGCACGAGAGGAUGAUGCUGGAGAUGGAGAAAAACGCACAGACCUUUUCCAGCGAGAACACAUUAACGAAGUCAAUAUCUCUUCCUCGGAGUGCUUACUGGCAUCACAUCACACGCCAGAACAGUGUAGGAGACAUCUACAGUUACCAAGGCACGAGCGCCAAAAUGACACUUAUUCCUCGAGCACAGACUUUCCAAAGCUUUCUGAACGAGCAGAGUGAAGAGGAGAAGAGCCACGAGCGAUCAGCCUCGCCCUCUAGUGCUCAUGAACAGCACUACAGCCCCAGCAGACUGCAUUGACGCUGCAACCAGCAGCUAAAGAGACACUUCCCAGCUUUAGACGACUGAUAGACAGACACAUGUACAGUCUAGGACUGAUGUAUAAAUUAUUACUCCCUGUAGAGCUGUACGUACUCUCAACUCUCAACGACUCAAUCUACAAGCCUCUUUUUGUACAUGAUGUAAAACAACAAAUGCCUAAAUGUUUGCACUUUUACUUCUUUUUCAUCAUUUUCUUUUGGUUGAACUGGAAGUCGGUUUAGGCCUGGAAGCUUUUCAGCUCACCAGAUUGAUUGUAUUUCUUUCUAUUAUCUUCAGAGUUCACAGUUAGCAUCUCACUUGUCGAAGGGUUUGUGUGGUUUUGCACCGAGCACUUUUAAAUCGGCCCUCUUUGCACCUUUAGUACGCUGUUCUAUUUGUUGUUGUUCAUUGUUGUCAUGUCGACACAGGUCCGUUGUGUGUGAAAUAGCGCUGAAAGGGAUUUUAUUUAUUUUCCUCUUGCUUAAUUUUGCUAUUUGAAAGGAGUAGUCUGACCAAAAUGCUAUUGGGACUAACAUUGAUUGGAAUGUAAUUGCCAGUAAUUGUGUCAUUGCCAUGAGCCUCUUCAGUGAAGACCUUCAGUCCAACAUAUAUCAUUCACAUAAUACUGUGGAAGCUUGGGAGUCUCUGUGGAUAUAGCUGACUUAAAUUUAGAUUAUUUUUUAUAACAAGCUGAUAAUUUGAGUGUUUUAGAGCAAGGAAGCACCCAAAAGAUGCAAGAAAAAGGAGGUAUCCAGGACCAGAGACGAGAACCACUGCUUUAAUAUGAAUAUCAUGAAUUUAUCAAGCAACGAAUAAAAAAAAAAAGUUUUUUAGCCCACAUUGUAUUGGAUGUAGAUAUGCCAAGUAACAUUACAUUACAUUACCAUAUCAUACUAUACCAUACAAAUAAGAGAUGGUAUGGAAAGGUGUAACCAAGGUAUAAAAAAAUGCCCCUGGAUAUCUAUUACACUCCUUUUAUUUCUUUUUGGUAGGUAUUGCAAGACAUUGGGCCCUAUCGUACACCCUGCACAAGGCGCAUCGCAAUGCUUGUUGCUAUCUCACACCCCGUCAACAGUCUGUUUUCAUAUCUUGCGCCCCCACUGUUUAAAUAGCGACAGUGCUUGUAAAUAUUUCUAUGCAGAUGGCCGUGGUGGUCUAGAAAGUGAGGAGUGUUUAGGUGCGACACUGACUGAUUUAAACCCUGACACCAGUCAGCAGUCAGCCGUCGAGUUAAACCCGCUUAUUAAACACACACACAAACACGGAUUCGAUGCAGCGUGCAAAUUAAACUUUUACAUGAACAAUAAACAGAAUACAAAAUAAAAUAAUAUUGCUGUUCCCAUAAAUUACCUGCUGGCGUAUCUUUACAGCCUGAAGAGCAGGUCAGUAUCCUCUGCUGAGAUGAACAAAGUGCUGCACUGUUAAGAUACCAACGCGCUAAAGUCAGAGCGCACCUAAAUCUUAAAGGGAAUGACGAGUAAAACGCUAAUUGGUUUAUUUCCCCACUUACACCCAAAACACAUCCAUGAUUAAUUAAGAUAUUUAGUUUAUGCCUUUUGCUCAUUUCGAGUGAAACAAGGCAUGCUUUUUUUUUUUUUUUGCAUCCUCGCGAUACCAAAGACACACCGGCACUCCCUACUUCCAGCUGCGUGAUGCGCAAUUGACAUCUCGUCUAUAAAUUGCUAAAAUAGGGCCCAUUAUUAUGUUUUGGAUGCUCUUAUCCUGCCAUCUUUAGUCAAAGGGUCUUAUAUAGUAGGUUCAAAUGUGCAAGAUUAUCAAAUGUUAUUCUCUUUAAUGAUAUCACAUCUCAUUAAUAGCAUCUUACAAAUUCCCAAUAACAGACACCCACUCAGAAGACAAUCAGUGUAGUGUUAGCAGGUCUGCUGCAGAUGAAGUAGUGUUCAGUUUUGUGUUUUUAUGUUUGCCUGUUGUGUCAGAGAACGUAAGUAAGUUUCAGCUGACAUCAGCUGCAUUCACAUGCACAGAUGUUUGAAUGAAAUUGCUCUGAAUUAAAUGUUUUGCAUAGACUCAAGAAUUCUAAUGAAGCCACUGUUGUUAAAUAUAUGUUAAUCUAUCAGUGGUGAACCUUGACUACUAGAGGUAGGCCCUCAAAUUGGGCUUUAAAAGAUCAGAAAAGACAACAGUAAUGCUAAUUUCUGCUAGCAUCCAUAAGGGUUUUUUAAUUGAAUGUUAGCACCAAGCUAACCCUGGAGCACCUGAACACAUUUUAGCUGGUCUAGAUUAAACACAGAGAUUUAAAACCUGCAGAACUUCACAUUCUUAUUUAUAUAUUUAUUUAUUGAGUCUGUAAGUCUGUCUGUAAAUGUAUCCACUGAUAAAAUAACUAAACAGAGCCCUGGAGGUUAAAUAGCUCGAUGACAACAAUCAACAAAUGCUUAAGAGAAGCUGUUUUCUCUUUCUAAUGAAUGUCCUGUUGUUCUUUCAUUCUAUUUGUUCUACCCCAGAAGUAAAAGGAUUUCUAAUUUAAAACAUUGUUCUUAUGUAAACAGAUUUGUCGUAUUUAGAAAAGAGAUUUUUGUGUCCUCAUAGUUUUGUCCAGCACUGUUUCAAUUGCUAACACUGCAAAUCUACAAAGGCCAUGAACUGCUUACAAACUGGUCCAGACACUGUUGGUUGUAAGAUGUUGUUUUGUAUGGUUUUGGAGGUUUUCCGUUCGUUUCUCCUCAUCCUGUCCUUCUUGUACAUGUUAGAGUGGGAUGCUGUUCUGUGUACAUAUGUCAAAUUUUACAGAAAGAAAAAUAAAAACAAUGUAUAUUAUAUACAACAAGGCCUUAAUGUCCGUUUGUGUAGACUGUACGCCUUACUGUAUGUGUGCAUGCACACCCAUCAUCAAUGCAAUACAGUCUGGAAGGAA